ACACAUCCCAAAUCAACUAUACCUAAUUAGCCCAAAAAGCUAGCACAACAACAAAACGAUGUCGUCCCUUCAACAAUUCCUCCUCCUCAUUACCCUCCUCCCCUUCUUCUCCUCCACCUCCCUAGCCGUUGACUUCUGCGUGGCGGAUCUCAACGGCUACCAGACACCCUCCGGCUACGUCUGCAAGAACCCGGCCAACGUCACCGCCGACGACUUUGUGUUCUCCGGCCUCGUCACUGGAGCAAACACCACCAACAUCAACAAGGCCGCCGCCACCCCGGCCACCGUCCAGCAGUUCCCCGGUCUUAACGGGCUGAACCUGGCCGCCGCACGUGCCGACUUCGCUCCCGGCGGUGCCAUCCCGCUCCACACGCACCCGUACUCGUCGGAGAUGAUCUACGUGGUGGAGGGCUCCGUCACCGCCGGGUUCGUCUCCGGCAUAACGUCGAACAAGGUGUACGUCAAGAAACUGAAGAAGGGAGAGAUCAUGGUUUUCCCACAAGGGCUGGUGCAUUUUCAGGUCAACACGGGGAGUGAAAACGCCGUCGUUUUUGCCACGUUUGGGAAUGCUGACCCGGGGGUUCAAAUGAUCAACGCUGCGUUGUUUGGGAACGACUUCUCGUCGUUUCUUGUGGAGAAGACUACUAAUAUUGAUCAGGCUGAAGUGAGGAAGUUGAAAAAACUUCUUGGUGGCUCUGGCUAAGGGAUUUUGUUCGUCGAUAUCGCUUGCAUGUGCAUGUUUUUUUUCUUUUCUUUUUUUGUGUUAGUGCUGUUGCUUUUAUCGGAUUUGUAAUAAUAACUAUAUGCUUAUUGCUGGAGCAGAAUUAUUUGUGAAAUGCUAAGCGGAAAAUAUCUUUUACCGACUAAUUAUUUGGUUGAAAAAAAAAAUUUCCUCAAAAACUCAAAGCCGAAAGUGUUAAGUUCCCUAUUUACUAAUAUCGGUAAAUUUCUUAUCGAUUUUGGUUCCGUCUCAAUAAAGUGAAAAUUGAAUAGUCAUCCACUUACAAUGAUUACGAUAUGGUUUUGGUUUAUCGAUUUUACGAUCUAAACCAAACCCUUUAAUUUACAAUAUGAUUUAGUACUGAAAAGAUGAAUCCUUUAAACUUCUCAUUGAUUCAACUCCGGUUUAAACCGAUGCCACCGGCUUAGAAUAGUGUUAGUAACCAUUGGUUACUGACCUAUGAAUAACUAAAUCUGGACCUUUAGAUCUAAGUGGGUCCAGAAAAUCCAGAUCUAAGGGUUAUCAAUUAAAGACAUUUUAUUUUCUCUAGUUUUCAUAAUUGGCUUUUAUCUUCUUUGUUUUAACUCGGAUUUCAAUUUUUUUUGCACAUAUGGAACGAGUUCGUUGUGCUCUACAAAAUGAGAUCAAUUUUCAAAAUAUUUCGAGAAACUUUUUUUUUACCAACUACAUACCAUAUGGUAACUUUUUCGUUUUUAAGUCAUUUUUGACAACGUUUGCUCAUAAGGAACGAGUUCAUCAUGAUCUAUUGGAUCUACAAAUUUCAGGAUGAAAAAAUAUUGAACCAAAAAUUAUCAUACUUUACCACUAUGGUAUGUGGGUGGUAACUUGUGGUAAACAAUGAUGAAAGUCGUAAAUGACAGUUAGUAUACUCCUACUAUCAUGUAUUCAACCUUCUUACCAUAUUGGUAUGUUCAUACCAUCAUGAUACGCUUCCUUACCAUAUGGUAUUAAAUAUGAGCAUACCAUAUGGUAACGACUGGUAAAAAAUUAUUCAAUUUUUUUGUACUAAAAAUAUAUCUAAGUGGAUAUCAUUUUAAAGAGCACAUUCAAUCUGAUUUAUCUGUGCAAAAAAAAUUAAAUUUCGACUUAAAACGAGAGAGAAUCGUCCGUUAAAGAUUAAAGGAGAAAGAUAAAAGACUUUCCAAGAGAGAGGAGCUGCUGAUGUCAUGCGUAUGUGGACAGGUUACUGAUGGUUACUCACCAUAUGAGUUACUGACAUGAUUCGCUCCCGAUAUAACCAAUGCCGAAUAGGCAACCAUAAUUUAAGCUUUUAAAGAAUACUCAAUUCUCGUACGAGUGUCAUGAUUAUGUCAUAUGUAGGUGUUCAUGCUGUUUUUUAUUUAUUUAUCAAGGUAUGUUGCCAUUUGAUAUUGUUUUCAGCAUUGUUGGUGUCUAAGUUUCAUUAAAGUUAACAUACAUGUAAAGUCAACCUAACGAUGAAUAAGUGGGCGAACUUCUUCACAAUAAUUGGUAAUCGGAAAUGAUUUUGUUUUCAUUGUUUAUGAAAACAAAUAUAUUCAAUGAUAAUGAUUCAUAAAUGAGCAUGGGCAUUGGGCAUGAAUAGUGUGGAAGUCAACUUGGCAAAUAGCAACUAGCCAACUUUAAAUAAUGUGCCUUCAUAUUUGAGCUGGGCUUUGUCAUGAAUUCAUAUUUGAGCUUGGGCUUUGUCAUGAAAUCAACACAUCAUACCAUAUAUAUGGUACCAAUAUUGUAAUUCAAGUUUAUAGGUUUGUUUCCUGUCAGAAUAUCGUUAUACUAUAUCAUAUCAUAUGGUACCAGCAUACAAUAUAUCAUAUCACACCACAACUUUAGUUUUCCCCAUUAUACCUCAUCGUACCAUAUAGUAUUAGUAUUGUAAUUUUAUUUUAUAGGUUUGUGCCUUGUUAGACAAAAUUAUAAAUUGAAAAUAUAGCA